UUUAAUUAUCUGUUUCAUCAUUAUUUAAAAUUCUAAACAAAAUAUACGCACAUGUCUGUAAAACCUCGGUUAGAAAGAAAUUUAUGUAACUGACGUGAAUGAGAUGUCGCAAAAGGGACAGUUAUAUAAUACAAGAUGGCUGCCCACUGACUGGAAAAACGUGGUUUCCGAAGUAUCUAAAAAAACAUUGUAAAUUGGAAAAUGUCAUUUCGUGGACGAGGUAGAGGAGGUGGCGGUGGGUUUAGAGGUCGGGGAGGUGGUGGUGGUUUUCGAGGAGGAGGAAGAGGUGGAUAUGGAGGAGGUCGUGGAUACGAUGCCGGUCCUCCAGAUGUUGUCACAGAGGCUGGUUCGCUACUCCAUCCUAGCCAAGAUGAGUUAGUUUGUAGAUGUACACUAAAAAAUCAAGUGCCUUAUUUCAAUGCACCUAUAUUCCUCCAGAAUAAACAACAGAUUGGUAAAAUUGACGAGAUAUUCGGACCAAUUAAAGAUUUUUAUUUUUCAGUCAAAUUAUCAGACAAUAUGAAGGCAGGUUCAUUUCAAAAAGAACAAAUGUUUUUCAUAGAUCCCAAUAAAUUACUGCCAUUACAAAGAUUUUUACCUCGACCACCUGGAUCUGUUCAAAAACGAGGUGGACGAGGAGGGGGAAGAGGUCGCGGUGGUACUCCAAGAGGUAGAGGGGGCUUCAGAGGAAGAGGUGGUUUCCGAGGCGGUGGAGGCAGAGGAGGAGGAAGGGGAUUCUCUCCAGGAGGAAGGGGAUUUACUCCAAGGGGAAGGGGUGGCUUCAGAGGUGGCAGAUAAGAAAAAAGAAGUAUUUAGUCACGCUAGAAAUAAAGUGUUUUUAAAUUACAAUAA